UGACUAUAUAUACCUAUAUAAGUUGGCUUUUCGGACCGUGUACCCUUUCAUCCAAAGUAUCACUGUGUGACUCCUCUUGUUAAUCCAAUUCGUUAUAACACGGUAACGCAUAUCAAUACACUCAUUUGUUUAACAUCCAUACAUACAUUCAUUCACAACUUUUUAAUCAUGUCGCUUCACUCUUUCCUUGGAUUGUCAUUGUUGAUACUUGCCUCUGUAGUACAGGCGCAAGAUUGUCCAAAUCAAUUUGAAGGACGCAUACCAGUAGGAACUACACCAAGUGCAUUUGAUAAUACAAAUCUCUAUAAUCCUAAAUAUAACUUUGGAGCGAGUAUGUUAGCUAUUCCUCUUUAAUAACAUUUCUUUUGACAUUUCCAGAUCUCACGUGGAGCGAAAUAAUCAAAAUCCCAUCUGAUAUUCCCUCUUCAUUGGUAAGCUAUUCCAUUCGCCAUAUUUCGCACGACUAAUGACAGCUCAGUAUGACGGAAACUCAACUAUCCCCUUCGAGGUCACCCUCUCCGAUGCCUCCAUCUAUGCUCCCUCCUCGACCAAUGUUCAAGUCGGAUUUCGUCGUGCCGAAUUGAUGCCUGCAUCAAACAAUGGCUCCGAUCCAUCGACUAUUGGUGUCAAGACUCUUCAUUUCUCCAUCAUGAAAGAUGAAUCCCGUAAAUUGAACCUUAGCCACGAGUACCAAAUUGUCUUCCUUGAAAGUGCAGAUUUCAGCACAAAUCAAAUUGUGUUAAAGACGGGUUCCAUCUUAGACACCAACAUCACGGAUCCAAAUGUCUUGAGAGUCGUAGGAAAUGUUAAUGAAGGGGCCAAAGAACUUUUCACCACCCCAUUUACUGAUGGAUGGCACAACUUUGCUUUGAAGUUGGAUUUCAGAGCCAAGUUUGUUUCCCAAUCCUUUCCUUCACAAAUCCAACUAACCUUCUAUCAGCACAACCCAAGUUUUCUACUCCGCCUCUUCCAAACCUCUUGCAUCUGUAAGCGAAGCGUUGUCCAACGAUCUCUCAGGACGAGGUCAAUACCACUUCGGCUUGUUGAAAAAGCCAACGAAUUUUGCUCCUGGUGCGGAUAUCACAAAGAACGGGUUCCAGGAAAGUGGAAUUAAUGAGGGAUUGAUUUUUGGCGGUAUUUUCAUGGUUGAUAGCGAAAACUGUGAUGGUGAUCUGUGCGAGGCUUGAGAGGUUUCUAUUAAAUGAAUGAGAAUGAUUCGGGUUUGGAAAGGGCUACGGUUAUGACCUUUUUUAAGAACGAAAUUACGCCCUGAUGUUUUGGUGUCGGAAUACU